UUUAGCUCUCUCUCUGACAGCGGCUGUCAUCUAACGCUGCAUCUCAGCCUAAUUUACUGUCCAGCCUGCUGUUUCUUAUGACAUCCUUCAAGCCCGGAGACCACUGCACACUAUGUUUGAGGAUCCUGAACUCCAAGAUCCUUUGUCUCUGAGUCUAAAUGAAAACUACGGUGACCAGAACUCACCAUGCCGCGAGUCAAAAAAAGGACCAGCAAGCCCCGACUACACCUGUGACACACCUGAGAUUCAAGUUAUCAUUAAAGAGGAAGAGGAUGGCUGGACUGUGAGUGAAAAUCAUGAGAGCUUCGGCUCGGAUGCAGAAAACGAGGAUACUUCCGCACACUCUUGUCAUCCGCACUUCAAAGCGUGUGGGACUGAUGACUCCGUUUCGUGUGGAGUAAAGAGACACCAGAGAUCCUGUUCUGUGGAGAAAUGCUCCGAGGAGUCCGCCGGUCCUGCUUACUGUGAGCAAAGUUCCUCCGCAGCGGAGGAGCCACAGAGACACACGCUCACGGAUUCAGAAGAGAAACCUAAGCUGUCAUGUAUUCGUGGAAAGGGGACGGGACACGUGUCUGUGCAUCAGUACAACAACACAGCGGAGAAACCGUUCUCCUGCGCGCUACGCGAGACGACGCCCAGUCUCAAAAGGAACGUGAAAGUCUGCGAGAGGACACGCGCGGCGGAGGAGUGCUGUCCUCAAGACCAGAACCUCGACGGAAAACAAAGCACAUCUUUGUCAACAGAAGCAGAAAUACAUCAGACCAAAAGACCAGCACCUUACCAAACAGAUUCUCCUGAAUGUAAGCCCCUAAUGUCACACGGACUCACGAUGGCGUCUGCAAACCUAGAGGACCAAACUCUCCAUCUGACUGUCAGGCUGCAGGCGGGGGAGGAGGAAGAGGAGGAACAAGACGAAGAAAUCGGUGGUUUAAUCAACUCUGAUGGCGAAGUGGUGGAGUGGGAUAACAGAGACAGCCCUGACAGACGCUCUGAAAGCACAGAAGGUCCCAAUCCAACCAAGGGUGUCGUCCUGUCAGAGUCUCAGCUGCAAGGCCAAAACCAGAGAGACAGCAGUAGUCCGACACUCAUCAUGGAAGUUGUGUCUGUGGGGGAAGAUGAAGAAAGGGAUGAAGGGGAGGAUAAAGAGAGAGUAGUGAAGAUGACAACUGUUUCGCCAGUAAAUCGUGGUAAAAAAAAAAGGAAAACUCUACUGGUUUUACACAAUAUCAGACACAGUUCUGAGUUGAUCUUUUCGCACGUGAUGUUUGCAGGAAAGAGACACAAAAGGAAGAAAAAGGCUCCUGCAGUCACAGCGGUGUCAUCGGACGUCCCCGAUGAAGAUGAAGAAGGUCCUGCGAAGCGUGUCAAGCGAAGAAGCAGAAGAAAGAUUGUAGCAACUCCACAGGUGUCAAUCGAAGAUUUGGAGGAAGAGCCUGGAAUAUCAAGACGGACCAGAAGAAAGAGGAGGCCCGUCAUCACAGUGGAAACAGAAGAAUUAAACACAAAAAGUCUCCGUCGUGCUGCUGCAAAGCGACCGUACAGAAAAAAGAAAGAUGCCAAACCAUCAGCUGAAGGAGGAGAAAGUACAGGGAAGAAGCGCCCCGGCAGAAAGAUGGUUCAAGUACCGAUAGAAAUACCUCCUGAGCUCCUGAAGAAGCCCAAAGAGAAGAUCGACUACCACUGCUCAGUGUGCAGCAAAGAGUUCCCUCACGCCUACAAACUAGAGAGACACGAGCUGAUCCACACGGGAGAGAAACCUUACUGCUGCUCCAUCUGCGGGCGGGGUUUCAACCAGAAGGGAAACCUCAAAACACACUACAAAGUCCACUUAGGUCGAAAAGGGGCUGUUGAUUUUGAAGACGAGGUGAAUCCAAUAGCGUCAGAACUCACUGAAUACUUGAAGUCUCUGCCGGGGGAGUCGAGGAUCAGGUCAUCCCUUCACUGCCUGGAGUGUGGGAAGGACUGUGAGAGUCAAUCAGCUCUACAAGCACACCACAUCACCACACAUUCAGCUGCCGAGUCAGACGCGGUCGAACACAGCACAUCACAGCUCCUCUUCUGCCGCCGCUGUGGCAUUCAGUUCACUGAAAAAGAAAAGCUGGAAGAACACAUGAAAACCCACGUGAAGGACAAGCCCUUCUCGUGCCCCGACUGCGGCAAGAAGUUCAUCAAUGAAAACUACAUACAGAUUCACCAGCGCAUCCACACCGGGGAGAAACCUUUCCUCUGUUCCCAGUGCGGAAGAGGCUUCCACACCGCUUCCUCUCUGAAGCUGCACGAGAUGCAGCACUCCGAGGAGCGGCCGUUCGCCUGCUCCAUCUGCGGCAAGAAGUUUCGGAUAAACUCGUACCUAACAGCACACUACCAGACCCACAUUAAAGACAGACCUUUCAUUUGUUGCGUCUGCGGGAAAGGCUACUCCAGAGCCGAGGAACUGAAGGUGCACCACAGGCUGCACACCGGGGAGAGACCCUACGAGUGCGGAGAUUGCGGGAAGAGCUUCAUUUAUCGCCAAGGUCUGCGACAGCAUCAGCGCACACAUGCUGGAAAACGCAUCGGACCGACCAGACAGCUCGGUAGACCAAAGCAACAGGCCAGGCUGGACAUCUAACAGUUGCUCUAUUGAUGCUUUUUUUUAUUUGUUGUUAACUGUGUCUGAAAAUAUUACAGUAAAUUGCGCUUCUCUCCUGCUCUCCUUCCUUCGAGUUCCUCCCAACUACAGCAGAGACAGUCACUGUCUGAAAAUACAGUAUGCGCUACAGUCGGUAUGGGUUGCCAAGAAUAUUUUGGAAGCUUAAUGUGUUGUCCGUCUUGUAUUCAUGUUUUGUACCCAUGUUUUUAUGUUUACUAUUCUCUAGUAGCCCAUCUGUACAAUUUGAGUGCCUUUGUAUCCUGCAUGCCAAAUACUAGUACUUAAUGUUGAAAAAAAUAUGCACAAUAUCCUUGUUAUUUUAAAAUCCAUGUUGAUGGAAUACAGACAUUUUUCAGAAACAA